AUGGACCACGACCAGAUCAGACAGAACGAGGCCGGCGCCUACGAGAGCAAGGACGUCAAGUUCGACAGCGCCGCCGUCACCCCCCAGUUCUCCCGCGAUGCCGUCUUCCCCGGCGAGGUCGUCGGCGAGGUCACCGACCUCAACCAACAGGACCUUGAGAAGCAAAAGGCCGCCGAGGGCAGCGCCCACUUCAAACGCCUCGGCUGGAAGCGUCUCACCGUCGUCCUCAUCGUCGAGGCCAUCGCCCUCGGCUCCCUGAGUCUGCCCGCCGCCUUCGCCACCCUCGGCAUGGUCGCCGGUGUCAUCCUCUCCCUCGGCCUCGGCCUCAUCGCCAUCUACACCAGCGACGUCGUCGGCCAGGUCAAGCUCAAGUUCCCUCACGUCUCCCACUACGCCGACGCCGGCCAGCUCAUGUUCGGCCGCUGGGGUUACGAGAUCAUCGGUGCCAUGUUCGCCCUGCAGUUGACCUUCCUCGUCAGCUCCCACACCCUCACCGGCGCCAUCGCCUUCGGCAACAUCUCCGACAACGGCGCCUGCUCCAUCGUCUUCUCCGUCGUCUCCGCCAUCAUCCUGCUGAUCCUCGCCAUCCCUCCCUCCUUCGCCGAGGUCGCCAUUCUCGGAUACAUCGACUUCGUCUCCGUCAUCCUGGCCAUCGGCAUCACCAUCAUCGCCACCGGCAUCAACCAGGGCCAGAUCACCACCGCCGCCUGGUCCGCCUGGCCCAAGGAGGGCGUCACCUUCGCCGAGGCCUUCAUCGCCAUCACCAACAUCGUCUUCGCCUACUCCUUCGCCAUCUGCCAGUUCUCCUUCAUGGACGAGAUGCACACCCCCCGCGACUACGUCAAGUCCAUCUGGGCCCUCGGUCUCAUUGAGAUAUUCAUCUACACCGUCACCGGUGCCCUCAUCUACGCCUUUGUUGGCCAGGACGUCCAGUCCCCCGCCCUGCUGUCCGCCGGCCACACCAUCUCCAAGGUCGCCUUCGGAGUCGCGCUGCCCGUCAUCUUCAUCUCCGGGUCCAUCAACACCACCGUCGUCGGCCGCUACAUCCACGGCCGCGUCUACAAGGACUCCGUCAUCCGCUUCAUCAACACCAAGAUGGGCUGGAUCACCUGGUUGGGCCUCAUCACCGUCAUCACCGUCGUCGCCUUCAUCAUCGCCGAGGCCAUCCCCUUCUUCUCCGAGCUGCUGUCCAUCAGCUCCUCCCUGUUCAUCUCCGGCUUCACCUUCUACUUCCCCGCUCUGAUGUGGUUCAUGCUCAUCCGCGAUGGCUCUCCUUUCGCCACCCAGAACCUGACCAGGACCAUCCUCAACGGCAUUGUCUUUGUCAUUGGCAUCGUUGUCCUUGUCUGCGGUACCUACGCCAGUAUUGUUGAGAUUGAUCUCAAGUUCAAGAGCGGAAAGAUUAGCAGCCCCUUCACGUGCGCUCUUCUUGGCUAA